CUGCCCCCUAUUUUGACAAUUAAUCAAACAGAUGGGGUGCGAGAUUUGUCUGGCGUAAAAGCGGUCCCUAUUUAGCCAUCAUAAUGCUGCUCCUCGGUGGCUUGAGAACUACACUUGCACUGCUAUUUCGACCGAGUUUCUUUACAACUCCAUAAAAAUGGAUCAGAUAGAGCACAAGUUCAUCGAGGUGAACGGGCUAAAGAUCCAUGUAGCCGAGGUCGGAAGCGGGUCGGGUCCAGCGGUGGUGUUCUUGCAUGGCUUCCCUGAGAUAUGGUACUCUUGGCGCCACCAGAUGAUUGCCGUGGCCAAGGCCGGAUUCAGAGCCAUUGCAAUCGAUUACAGAGGAUACGGGUUGUCGGAUCAGCCGCCGGAACCCGAGAAAACCACCUUUCUUGACCUUGUCAACGAUCUUGUUGCGCUCCUUGAUGCUCUGAGCAUAAAAAAGGUGUUUGUGAUUGGCAAGGAUUUUGGAGUUUUUGUUCUGUCAUACUUUUGCCUUCUCCAUGAGGAGAGGGUCUCUGGGUUUGUUACACUGGGCAUGCCACUGGCAGCUGGGACUGGUAUUGCACAAAACAUCAAUCUGCCAGAAGGCUUCUAUGUUUCAAGAUGGAAGGAGCCUGGGCGAGCUGAAGCUGAUUUUGGUCGCUUUGAUGCUAAAACAGUUGUGAAGAAUGUGUACAUCCUUUUCUCCAGGAGUGAAUUACCCAUAGCUCAUGAAAACCAAGAGAUCAUGGACAUUGUGGAACCAUCCACUCCUCUACCCCCUUGGUUCACUGAAGUAGACUUGGAAACCUAUGGUGCUUUGUAUGAGAAGUCUGGAUUCAGAACUGCACUGAAGGUUCCUUACAGGACAUUUGGUGAGCAAAUUGACCUUCCUGCUGACCCCAAAGUUGAAGUCCCAGGGCUGUUUAUCAUGGGGGAGAAGGAUUAUGCCCUAAAAGUUCCAGGCAUGGAAGAGUACACAAGGAGUGGAAUGUUGAAAGCUGUUGUGCCCAAAUUGGAGACAGUGUUUAUUGCCCAAGGAAGCCAUUUUGUUCAAGAGCAGUUGGCUGAUGAGGUCAAUCAGCUUAUCCUCAGCUUCGUCACUGCUCAUUCCUCAGCUUAAUAUUGAAUGCUUUUGAGAUUACAAAAGUUAAUAUUGUCGAGCAUGAUGUAUAAUAAAAAUAAUAAAUGUGUAAGUCCGACUAAAGUCGGACUAUCGGAUUAAACUUUUAGUUUAAAUGGAAUAUAUCUUUUUUAAGUAAUAAGAGUCCAUCAUUGACUAUUAAAA